CUCGAAGGUCUCCUCCGCUUCGUUACAAAUCAACCUCGUCCCCUCAACUCUCGUCCCUCUGUGCGAUUGACUGUGCUUCGUUGAUCGGGUGCAACACCGCUUUUCACCAUGAGCGCCACCUCCGCCGCAAUGCCCAAAGCCGCGGCUCUUCCCGCUCGUCUACUGCGCACCUCGCGACAGUGCUCGAAGCAGAGUCCGGCCACCGGCUUUCGAUCUUCCACCCCAGUUCGGACGUACCAUGUGUCGACCUCUUCUUCGACCAGUCAGCGCCUGCGGGAUGGUGCUCGUAGCAAAAAGCACCCGGCACUGCUCUCCUCCAGGGUUUUUCAUACGACUGCCCCCCUUGGAGCUGUUGCGGAUCCGUACAAGGUCCUAGGUGUCGACAAGGGCGCCUCCGCUGGAGACAUCAAGAAGGCCUACUAUGGAAUGGCAAAGAAAUACCACCCGGAUACAAACAAGGACCCCAACGCCAAGGAAAAGUUCUCAGAGGCCCAAACGGCGUACGAGCUGCUCUCCGACCCCAAGAAGCGCGAGAACUACGACCGGUUCGGCUCGGCUGCUUUCGACCAGAACGGCGGCUUUGACCCCAGUGCCGGCGGCAACCCGUUUGCUGGCGCUGGAGGGUUCGGUGGCUUCGGCGGCUUCGGCGGCGGCGGUUUCCCUGGAGGAUUCUCCGCAGACAUCAACUUCGAGGAUCUGUUUGGAGCUUUCGCUGGCGGUGCCCGCCGCUCUGGUCGGGGACGCCGGGGCCCGUUCCAGGAGGUCUUGGUGGGCGAGGAUAUUGAGGUUCAGACCAACAUCUCUUUCAUGGACGCUGCGAAGGGUACCACGCAGGAUAUUGUUAUCACCCCUCUGAAAGAAUGCGGUACCUGCAGCGGUGACGGACUGAAGAAGGGCGCCAAACGCACCCAGUGCCGCCAGUGCAACGGCUCCGGAACCCGGGUACACUUCAUGCAGGGUGGAUUCCAGGUCGCCGCCACCUGCGAUGCCUGUGGUGGAGCAGGGCAGUCGGUCCCCAGAGGAUCCGAGUGUGGCUCGUGCAAGGGUAACGGAGUGGUCAGGGAUAUGAAGACUGUUAAGGUCGAUAUUCCUGGCGGUGUGGAGGAUGGCAUGCGCCUGAGAGUAUCCGGUGAGGGUGACGCCCCUCCCACCGGUACAGCGGCUGCCCCGGGAGCCCGGACACAGAAGGGUGAUCUGUACGUUUCGAUCCGGGUCUCUCCCGACCGCCGAUUUAGUCGUUCCGGCUCCGACAUUCUCUACACUGCCUCCCUUCCCCUCACCACCGCUCUGCUUGGUGGCGAAGUGACGGUCCCGACGUUGGAUGGCGAGGUCAAGGUCAAGGUCGGCACCGGUACCGGCACCGGCGAUCGCAUCACGCUGUCCGGCAUGGGUAUGAAGAAACUUGGUGCACGUUCCCGGGGCUUUGCCGCUACGGGUGAUUUGAAGGUCGAGUUCAAGGUUGCCAUGCCGAAGUAUUUGACCGGCAACCAGCGGACGAUCCUGGAGAUUCUUGCAGACGAGAUGGGCGACAAAACGGCUAAGCGCGUCAUGGACAUUCCCAAGGACGGGUGAGUAGGAAGGAAAUUCAAGUUCGGCCAGAUUUGACAGGUAAUCUAACAAUCUACAGUUCUCCCCCGUCCGGCUCAAGCGCGACCUCCUCUGACGCCUCGAAGAACGAAGGGUUCCUCAAAUCCGCUUGGCAUAAGCUCGUGAACCACAACAAACCCUCUGGAUCGGAAGCAUCGAAGAGCGACUCGAGCAAG